AAUAAAACAAUUUUUUAAAGAAUAAAUACAAAUAAAAAAAAUAAAAUAAGGCAAAAAAAAGGGGGAAAAAUCCACUGCAGAUUCCUGGAAGGAAGCUGACAGGAACACCCUUUUUCAUUCAGAUUAUUUUGCAAUCAAAUAUUUCAAUUUAGAAGAAAAUGAUAAGGUGGGUGUUCUCAAAUAGCAGUUUUCAUGAUUUCGUUUGAAAAUAUUGGUGGCAUGGAGAUGUCUACCCAGCGAGAGAUUAAUUCCGAUCCCAAUAAUGUUUCGGGUAAAAGUGAAGCCAGGUUCCACUCCAACUCCAAGGUGGCUACAAGGUCAGCAUCAAGCUUAUAUGAUCUCUUAUGUUUAGACACACCAAGUUGGAGUAGCGAAACAGAUCGAUGUUCAUCUUCCAGUCCGCAACUAAGACUGGAGAGUCUGUUACAUCAAUCUGGUAAUAGGUUCUGUGCAGAUUGUGGAACUCCAGAUCCAAAAUGGGUAUCCUCAAAUCUGGGAGUAUUUAUUUGUAUCAAGUGUUCUGGUGUACAUAGAAGCCUUGGCGUGCAGAUUUCAAAGGUUCUAUCAGUGAAGCUAGAUGAAUGGACAGAUGAACAAGUCGAUAAUUUGGAAACUCUGGGUGGAAAUAUUGCAGUUAACCAGAAGUAUGAAGCUUGCAUCCCAAAUAACCUUGAAAAACCAAAACCAGAUUCUUCUAUAGAGGAACGAUCGGAUUUUAUUAGGAGAAAAUAUGAGAUGCUAGAAUUUUCGGAUUCCAAUGACCAGCUGUUCUGCCCCUUCCCGUCGACUCAUAAAAGGAGUUCAUCAUCCCCAAGCAGUUCUUUAAGCAUUUUCUUUGCACAUGACAAGAAACAAUUCGAGAAACAAGCAACUAGAACUCGUAUUGGGCAGGCAUUUCGUAACAGCUGGGCAAGAAAAGACUCUGAGCACAAGGCCUCUAAGAAGUGCAAUCUAUUGGCAGGUAUGGUUGAAUUCAUUGGAUUGAUUAAGGUCAAUGUGGUUAAAGGCACCAAUCUAGCUAUUAGGGAUGUGAUGACUAGUGAUCCUUAUGUCAUCAUUGCGUUGGGUAAUCAAUCGGUAAAGACACGUGUCAUCAAGAGCAACCUGAAUCCAGUAUGGAAUGAAAGUCUAAUGCUGUCAAUUCCUGAAAACAUUCCUCCUCUAAAAUUGCUUGUUUACGACAAGGAUACGUUCUCAACCGACGAUUUUAUGGGUGAGGCUGAGAUUGACAUUCAACCCCUGGUUGUCGCCGCCAAAGCCCAUGAGAGCUCCACGAACAAGAAGUCAAUGCAGCUUGGGAAGUGGUUAGCAAGCAAGGAUAACACCCUAUUAAAAGAUAGUAUCAUCAGCCUAGUAGAUGGCAUGGUCAGACAGGAAAUCAGUCUCAGACUGCAGAAUGUUGAGAGAGGUGUGCUGGAGAUUCAUCUCGAGUGUGUUCCUCUAACUCAAUAGCAGCCACAAUUAUAAGUUAAUGGCUACAAUUCUAAUGCUCUUUUCUUCCCCAAUAGCCUGGUCAAGUGUAUUCCCGAUUCAGAAAAAAAUGGAAGCUUUAAAUUGAUUAGUUUUUUUGAAGUAAUAGCGCAAAUAUGCCUACUACUUUUCUUGAGUUGUUACAUGUUAUGCUUGUAUAUUGUUAUCCUUGUUUCAUUUGGCGACAACGAGGAAUUAUAUGAAUUUUGUGGAUCGAUUUGUAUUUAUUUCAACAAGCAUGGUUCUAUAAAACACACUAGCCAAUUAUAUGUUUGUCCUCCUA